CUAAUUGAAAUCAUCUUAAAACAGGUUUAUCUUUUAUAUCUUUUGUAUGCAUUCACUAUAAGAAUUGUUCUCAUUUUACCUAAAGUUUUUCAAUCCUACAACUUUUAUUAGGAUUGAUUGGUAAUUAUUACGGAUAAAACUUUUUCCAGAUUUAAAAAGAGGAGCAUACAGGAAGCUUACAUUCAUUACAUAGCCCUGGUCCGACCAAUGGAUGUAGAACAACCUCUCCUAGAUGUUACUCCCAGUUCCAGAUCGUGGAGUUGCAAAGUUAUUGUAUUAGAGAAGCUGAAUACAAGACAUGCACGUUGGGAUCCCGAAAAAACUUACAAAUCCGUGAUCAUGCAAGAUAGUGAGGGACACAGAGUCAAGGGAAUGAUUUAUGGAAUAGAUAUUCCUUUCGUUGACGAUCGCCUUCACUUGAACAAAACAUAUGUCAUAUCAAAUGCCAGGGUGACUCCCGUCAUGGAAAGAUACUCAGUUCCCGAUGAACAAUAUAGAUACACUUGGACACUGAAUAGGAGAACAUUGAUUAUCGAUGUCAAUCCAGAUCACCAGCUCUUUAUCCAACCAAACCUCGAGGCACCUAUUGACCCAUUUCACACUUUUUAUACAGCUAUGCUAAACAAGUCAAGUCUAAAUGUGCUGGACACUGUACUUGCUAAACUACCAAGGCAGGAGGUCAGGCUUCCGUGCGCCUACUACAGUGGGCCCGUCCAGGAACCUCUGGGAUCCAACGGGUUUUCAUCAGCUUAUGCUGAGCGUGUAGUUGUUUUUGCUACACGCAGAGAAACACAGUCCCGGCGCACGUUAGCCACCGCCACCCUCCUCCCGUUUUAUAUUUCACAUUCCGGCAGGCGUACUAUGGAUGCGAGGGGGAUCAUUGUGUUGGUGCUGGCCACAGCGCGCAUGUUAAUGGUCGCGGUCGGGUUGACGCUACACCUGACCCAACUCUCCGACGUGUCCAUGCGCAGACGGCUCAACGUGGAGCCGUCCGAGCUGGAAGCGGCUUCCAUCGACUUCGGGGGCAUGCAGAGGAAGGAGCCAAUGGCGGUCCUGCGGCCCGAGUCGGCGGAUGACGUGGCGCAGCUCGUCCGAGCCGCGUACGAGUCCGAGCACGGGUUCACGGUGUCGGCUUGGGGACACGGGCAUUUGAUCAAUGGGCAAGCUGGGGUGAGGGACGGGGUGGUAGUGGAGAUGAGCGGCUACGGCGGAGGAAAGGGGGUGAAGGUGAGUGCGGAGGCGAUGUACGCAGACGUGUGGGGCGGGGAGCUGUGGGUGGAUGUACUGAGGGACAAGGUUGCUCUAGGGCAGGUCCGUGUUCUUCAUGUUCCCUCUUCCUCUCAGUAUGCCGACAUAUUCACCAAAGGGCUACCUUCUCUCCUCUUCUCCGAUUUCAGGCACAGUCUCGGCAUUCGCCCUUCGCCAGUCACGUAGUUGGCAGCAUGUUAAAUAUAUUGUAUAUUUAAUAUCUUUACAUAUAUUUGGUAGUUUCCUUUGUAUAGGGUUUCCUUUUUUAUAAUCCUACCAUAGUUAGGAGACUUAUGUUUUGUAUAUAUACGGGGCUUGACUCCACAAAAUCAAUAUAGAAAAUAAUUCUUCAUGGUAUCGGAGCCUCUUUCCUAAACCCUAAAAUUUUUUCCUCCUUCUCUCUCGUCCGUUGCUUUCCGCCGCACCACCAACCCUAACGCCGCCAGCAAUAAUUCUUCUGCCUCCAGCGCCGGCGUGUCCUCUCCCUAUCAAGCGCGCAUCCACCAGCGCCCUUCUCUCCCCUGUGCCGCCUCUCCACAGCAGCUGCCCUCCCAGCGUCCAUCUCCAGUCGCCGCCAUGUCCGAGAAAGAAGCAGGCUCCGGCAAACUUCCCUCCUCCGCCUCCACUCCUCAUUUGGCAUUCACAACAAUUUCUAACGUCAAGCUUCAUGUCCCGGUGCUUUUGAGUUUCACG